CUCAUUAUACACUUCCAAAUACUAAUAAUUCUUGUAGUAAUGUCUUCCCUAAGAGUUACCUCUACUACAUGUUUACUAAGCUUUGCUCUCCUUCUCCAAACCGUUUUUGGAGUCACUGAUCCCCUCUUCCAUUCUUGUUCAAAUGAAAAUUUCACUGCCAAUGGCCCCUAUGCGACAAACCUCAACAAACUCAUGGGUUAUCUCUACCAUCAAGCUCCUCCCACAGGUUUCGGUCUUGGUUCAUUGGGACAGGACCCCAACAAAGCACACGGGCUUGCUCUUUGUAGAGGCGAUGUUUCCUCUUCGGAUUGUAAAAGCUGCAUUACAGCAGCAAGCAGUCAGAUUCACAGUAGCUGCCCAAAUAGCAAGGGUGCAGAAAUAUGGUACGAUGAAUGUUUUUUGAAGUACUCAGAUGAACAAUUCUUUGGCCAAAUCGACAAUAGAAAGAAGUUGUUUAUGUGGAACGUAAAGAAUGUGAGCAAUCCGGUAACAUUCAAUCAGAAGACGAAGGAGUUGUUGAGCCAACUGGCUAAGGAAGCCUCUGUAAAACCAAAAAUGUAUGCAGAAGGAGAAUUGGAGCUAGGAUAUAAUAAUACUAUGAAGCUUUACGGUUUAGCUCAAUGUACCAGAGACCUUUCUCAUAGUAAUUGUAAGAUAUGUCUUGAUGGCAUAAUUGGUGAUCUUCCAAAUUGCUGUGAUGGAAAAGAAGGAGGGAGGGUCUUUACUGGAAGCUGUACCAUAAGAUAUGAGAUUUACCCAUUUGUUUCUGCUUAAAUUUUAGCAUAUUGGAGAGUUAGGGGUCACCCUCCCUAAUCAUAGAUAAUAAGUUCGAUAGGAACAGGUUUAUAAUUCUCGUUUGUUUCACUUAUUUAUAGCAUGCAGCAUAUAUAUUGCUCAAUAAAAUUCUUUAUUCUUUCAUAAUAAA